AUGGACAGCAGCGUGCAGCAGAGUUGGAGUUGCCGGCGGCCAGGUCACACUGCGCGGAACAUACCAGGGGCGGUGGAGAAAGGGGAAUGGCAGGAGAGCCGUGCGCUGAGCUGUCCCCAACAGCUCUUCGAAAAGCUGACGCAGGUUGGACAGGUGCGGAGCCUGCAGAGCGCGCUGGCUGCCAAGUUUGCGGCGGCGAAGCUCACAAGCACUUGGCCGAUUGCCUGCCAGAUCCAGCCGUCGCCUCAGUUUGGCUACUGCAGAGACUUCAUCGGGCUUCUUAUUUUGUUGGGUAAAAAAGCGGACCUGGAAGCGCUGGAAGUCGAGGCGAAGGAGCAGCCGGCCGUGCCAUCUGGUUGGCGCGAGGAAGAGCCAUCGCUCGAAGCGCCCCUGCGGGUCUGUGCCGUCGUGGAAGGCGCGCAAGAGACGGAGGGCCUCCCUGGUGGCCUCCAGGUUGACCUGGAGCUCCGCGUCGUCGCGGACCCCAUGGCGCUGGCGCAGCGCGCCCGCUUUGCGCGGGCCAUCUAUCCCCCGUGGACGCUCGGCCCGCACCUGCGCUUCUCCUGGCGCCUGGAGGCCCUGGCCCGGAGAAGCCACGAGGAGUCAGUGGUGGAUUUGGCGGGGGCAGCAGGUCCGGGGAGGCAGACGUUGGCGGGAAUGUGGGGCUGGAGUGGGGGUGAGAGGUCCACAGAGCGCACAACCAAAUCGCCUUACGCUUGUCGGCUUCCGGCGGAGGCACCCGCAUCUUCACGAGCGUUUCAGCUGCUGUCGAACGCGCUGGACGCGGAGGCAGAAGCCCACGGCCUGCUUCUCCCCCUGCGUGGGCACCAGCUCCGCUCCCUGGCGUGGAUGCAGGCCUGCGAGGCGGAGCGCGCACCGCUGCUUCUGGGAGCGAGCCGGGAGUUCUUCCCUGCAUUGCAUCCGCCGCAUGCCACGCAGCAGCUGCUUUGCGAGGCUUUGGGCUGUCGAGCGGUGGCCCGGGUGCAGCGAGCCUUCCACGUGCGAGGUGGUCUGCUGGCAGAUCAAGUGGGUUCUGGGAAGACUGCCAUCACCCUGGGGCUGGUGGCAUCCGACAGCUCCCAGUGUGGCCUUGAGGCUGGGUGCAAGCGCACUUUGGUGCUGGUGCCGGGCCGGCUGCUGCAGCAGUGGCAGCAGGAGGUCCGGAAGUUCCUCCCCCCGAAGAGCGUGGACCUGUACCUCAACGUGAGCGAAGAGAUUCCGAAGCGAGGAGCAGUUCCACAGCUCCUGCUGUUGCCCGUGGAGAUCCUGAUGCCGGAUGGGAAGCGCCCGAGGAUGGAGGCCUCCUUUGACUUGGACCUUGCCGAGAUGAUGCACGCGCUGAGGGCCGUUUGCCUCCGGGGCCUGGAGCGCAUCGUCGUCGACGAGUUCCACGAGCUCCUGGACUCUUCGGGCUCCAGCGGACGGCUCAGCGCGCUGCAGGAGCUCUGGGCCGACAGCGGGGCCUCGCUCUGGGGCCUCACCGGCACACCGCCGCUCAGCGACUUCGCAUCGGUGGCGCGGAUCGCGCAGGCAUUCAAGAUCGACUUGCAAGCAUUUCGCCGACAGCUGGAUGCGCGGGAGAUGGCGCAGAGAAUGCUGGACCAUGUGGCGAGGGCAAACGGCUCUUCGGCCUUGUCGGGUCUCGACGUUCACGAGGAGCUGGUCUCUCUCUACCAUACACCAGCCGAACGCGCGAUCUAUGUCCAAGGGGUUGCUGAUGCAAAGCGGAAGCACAAGCAGCAGAAGCAAACGGGUCACAAAGAAGAGACAGUGUGCUCUGAUUUGCUGCAGCUCUGCUCGCACUUCCGUCUCGAAGAGGCUGGCGUUGAAGAUGCCGAGACCGAGAGUGCAUCCUUGCUGCGGACCAGGGCAGAUGCCGUGGAAACCGCUCGUCAGUGGCUCCUGGUGUCCAGCAGAAAGAUGGAGGCAGAGAUUUUGUCAGCCCGAAUGGGUGGCGGCCUCCCGACCCUUGUGGCGGAGCAGUACGCGCAGUUGCUGGCAGAGGUGGGUAUGGUGGGCGGCCACAGCGGCCACAGUGGUCAGCGUGCUGGUGGCCCACCAGAGAUGGAGGCGGAGGCGGUGGCCUCGCAAAUUGCGGGCGCCAGCGCCGCGCGGCGAAGUCACGCCGGCCAGCGGCGGCAUGAGCGGGAUGCGGACGACCUGAUCCUGAGAGCCAUCACGGAAGUGCGCGAGUCGAGCCACGGACCCCGAUGCUCGGGCUGCCCCGCUGCCCCACAAGGUCCCACAUCUGGUCACACUGGCGAUGGCUUGGAACUGCUGGUGGAGUUGCUGGAAGAGGUGAAGCAAGCCAAGGAAGCUUUCCGGCAGAGGAGCCACGAGCACGCCUUCCUGGCUGCCAUGUUGGAGGCCGCCGAGGCCAGCCGCUUCCGCUGCCCGGUCUGCUUCACCGAGGCGCCACCUACAGAGCGUGCCAUCCUGGCCGCUUGCGCCCACCUCUUCUGCCUCCAUUGCGCAGGGACUUUGGUCAGGAGGGGCGAGUGCGCGCUCUGCCGCCAGUCCCUGCGCCGGGAAGGCCUGGAGGAGGUGCUGCGGGUGCGGGAGCCGGGCGCCGUGCAGCCCGGCGAGCGCGAGGAGCGCCAGCGAUGGGGUCGCUUCGGUUCCAAGCUCUUUCACGUCGUUCGCAAGCUCCGGGACAUAGCUCACGAGGACCCAACUGCUCGCGCCAUUGUCUUCGUGCAGUGGGCCAGCCUUCGGAGAAAGCUGGCCGCGACAUUUGCUGAGUUCAAGGUACCCUACGUCUGCCUGGAGGAGCGGCUGGACUCCAAGGGUGUCGGGGUCCUGAACAGCUUCUGGGAGAAGGACGACGUGGUCACCAGCUUCCAGGGAGCUCCCUUGGACUCCACGGAGGGGCCAAAGGUGCUCCUGCUCUCCUUGCAAGACGCGGCCUCCGGCACCAACCUCACCCGAGCGAACCACGUGCUCUUCGUCCACCCCAUGUUUGCCUCAUGCUCACGGCGGGCGGUGGCCUACGAGAAGCAGGCGCUUGGCCGCUGCCUCCGCGUGGGGCAGACAAAGAAAGUCUUCCUCUGGCGCUUCGUGACGCUGGGGACCGUAGAGGAGGAGCUCUCGUACAGGCACCAGGCCGAGCUGUGGCAGCGAACUCCGGAGCUGCUCGCGAAGCGGGCAGAGGCCCAACAGGCUCGGGCGGUGCGUUGGGAGGAACCUGGAGACAAGGCGGAGAUGCAAGGUAACGAGAUCCCAUGGGGUGAAAAGCUUCAGGCCCUGAGCGACGAAGACGUCGACCUCGACGACCUCUUCUGGGAACACGCAUCAGCGCGCCCUCCUGCACUCUGUGCCCCUGUUGUUUUUGUGCAUGAGGCCCUCAUCAUCGGCGUCAACUAUACAGGCUCACAUGCUCAGCUCAAGGGUGCCGUGAACGAUGCUUGGAAUCUCCAUGCCGUCUUGAGGCAGUCGUUGCUGUUCGAGGAGGAUCACGUGCGAGUUCUUGUCGACGAUGGGGAGGCAGUCAAGCUGUCGCAGGUUCCAUCCAGGGACAACAUCCUCUCCGGCUUCCAGUGGCUGAUGGAUGGGGCACAGCCUGGAGACAGUUUGGUACUGGCUUUCUGUGGAUAUGGUGCCCAGCAUCCAAAGGAUGCCGAGGGAAAGGACCACGAGGCUUAUUUGGUGCCCUCGGACUACGCGGAAGAUUUGCCGCAGGACUGGUGGUCACAGGCAGGCAUUGCUUCAUGGAUUGCUGCAUGA